UUUAAUUUAACAACUGUUUGAGGCUUCAGCUUAUUUCGAAGCUUGGUUAUAUGUUGAUAUGAUAAUGAUAAACUUAAUAAAGGAGAUGACUCAAUGUGAUUGAAUCAAAGAUCGUAUGAUAAUUCAUUUAACCGAUAAAAGGCAAUGUUGUUGUUGACCAAAUUUUUUCCUCCUUACCCCCUCAGAGACAGUUUCUCCUCUCCUUGCAGCGCUCAAACCAUAAUCCCCCACUACUUGCUCUCUAUGAUACUUGGUGGAAUUCCCUUCGAUUUUUCAAUUAUCAGAGACUGUUGAUGAAAAAAUUCUAAACUUCGAAGCCUUCAAGGGGUGGUUUGCACCAUGGAAUGAGAGUAUAGGCAUGAAGAUUGUAGACUCUGCUUUCUAUCAAUGGAUUAAGAUCAAAAAUUUGCCACUACAUUUCUGGUCAAUGGACAUUCUGGAAAAGAUUGUUAGUUCUUUUGGAGAAUUAGUUAGAGGAUGCAAAAAUAUAUCAGAAAAGCUUAAUGGUCAGGAUGUGCGCAUUCUUGUUAAAGUAAAAUCAUCAGACUGCAUUCCGAAAUCAAUUAUAUGCUCAUAUACAUCUCAAGUAGAUCUAUUCACAAGAGAAGUCUCCUUGGAGCUAAUUCCAAUAGGAGUGGGUCAAUUGGGUUCAGAAAUCAUUGGUUCUCAUCUAACAGCUUUGCAAGCUCAGGGUGACGAAGUUUUAGAUUCAAAAUGGGUUGAUCAAAUAUCUUCGCCAAUUACGGAAAUGAAUGCAGAGAAUUUGUUGCCAAACCAGGUUCAGAAUCAGUCAAUAAGAAUGAAUGUUGAUAAGGGUAAGCAAGUCAAUGCUUCUAUUUCAAAUGUGGCAGGAAUUGAGGAAAGUAAUGUCAAUUCAGGCAAUUCUAAGGAAAUUUUUCAAAAACUUACCGUAGCUGCUGUAAAUGGUGAAUCUCUAGCUAAAAUCACGGACAAUAACAAUGUUCCUGAUUCUCAGGCUUUAAUUGAGGAAAAAGUUGCUAACGUUGAUUCAGAUUCUAUAUAUGAUCCUCUGCAAGAUUUGCCUUUUGAUUUGGUCAAACAUAAUUGGAAAGGGAAAACUAUAUAUAUUGAGAAAUCGACUUGGGAUAAUUUCUUUGGCGGGAAUGAGGGAGGUUCAAAUUCAAUUUCAUCAUCUACAUCCUUCCCGCCAACUUCUAUUCAGACUCCAGCUGUGCAUAGUUCCAGUUCAGUUCCUCCUGGAUUUUCCAAGAAGGCUAUUUCAUCGUCAGCUUCUCGUGCUCGUAAGACAGUGCUGAGUCAAAAGCACAGGAGAUUCAUGACCAAGGCAAUAUCAGGAAAAAGGAUUUCCAAAUCUGUUAAGAAAGGUUCUACAAUGGGAACAAAAGCUCACCAAGUCUUGGAUAUGCUGGAUAAGAACCCCAUUCCCCGCAGCAGUGCUUGAUAAUGUUCUUGGACAGUUUGUCUAGAUGGUUUUUUGGGAGAUAACUAUUGUAUAUUUUGUAUAAUUAACUUUUAAUCCUUCUGUAGUAUGUUAGACAUCAGUAUUUUAGUUCAUAUAACUAUAUGUAUAGCUGGCUUUGGUUCUUUCUUGUAUCUAUGUCAACGGUGAAUGACGGCAAUGCCCUCUCUUCAUCUUCAUGGAUCCUUGAAAGAAGAAGGUUAUACAUCCCUAGUUAUUGUGAACUAAUCUUACUGUUACCUAACAUCAGGAUACACUUCGUAUCCAAACUUUUGUAAUUACAUACUUUUAUCUUUAAUUGAACAGGGUAUAUCCCUUGUUUUUCUA